AAUUACAAAUGAACACAAAUCAUAAAACUUUGAGGCUAAACACAACUCACAAAGUCACAAGCUCUACGAUCUCCCCAGCUGUCUUCUCUUAAAUCAUCUUCCCUUACCUCACCGACUUACUCUUCCCCCUUCCCCGUUACCGUUACCGUUACCGUUUUCUUCUUUCUUUUUCUUUUAUUUUUCACUAUAAAAAAUCCUCCUAUUUUUCGGUAACCAAAAUCAAUCAUCACCUUCCUCCAUUGCCAUUGCCAUUGCCAACCAAUUCUUCCUACAAUUCAAAAUUCAAUCAAAAAAAAAAACAAAAAAAAACCCAUUUGAAUAAUCCCAGAAGAUUCAAUCCUUCAUCAAUGGCUACGGCCGCCCCAACAAAGAAGUUGAAAGAACCUUCUUCCCCAAAAGGUCUUCUUCUGGGGCGGUACGAAUUGGGCAAACUUUUAGGCCAUGGAACCUUCGCUAAAGUCUACUUAGCCAAAAACGUCAAAACCGAUGAAAGCGUCGCAAUCAAAGUCCUCGACAAAGAAAAAAUCAUGAAAGGGGGUUUAAUGUCACAUAUCAAACGCGAAAUUUCAAUCCUCCGCCGUGUUCGCCACCCUAACAUCGUCAAAUUAUUCGAAGUUAUGGCGACAAAAUCGAAAAUCUUCUUCGUUAUGGAAUAUGUAAAAGGGGGAGAACUCUUCAAUAAAGUUGCAAAAGGUCGAUUAAAAGAAGAUGUAGCAAGAAAAUAUUUCCAACAAUUGAUUUCCGCCGUUGGAUUUUGUCAUGCUAGAGGUGUAUAUCAUCGUGAUUUAAAACCAGAAAAUCUUCUACUUGAUGAAAAUGGCGAUUUAAAAGUUUCUGAUUUCGGUUUAAGUGCUGUUUCCGAUCAAAUUCAACAGGAUGGAUUGUUUCAUACAUUUUGUGGGACCCCUGCUUAUGUUGCUCCAGAAGUUCUUGCUAGAAAAGGGUAUGAUGCUGCAAAGGUAGAUUUAUGGUCUUGUGGAGUUAUUUUGUUUGUUUUAAUGGCGGGUUAUCUACCAUUUCAUGAUCCCAAUAUUAUGUCUAUGUAUCGUAAGAUUUAUAAAGGUGAAUUUCGUUGUCCCAGAUGGUUUUCCCCUGAUUUGGUUAAAUUGCUUUUAAGAUUACUUGAUACAAACCCACAAAAAAGGAUUACAAUCCCAGAAGUUAUGGAAAACAAAUGGUUCAAAAAAGGGUUUCAGAAUGUUAAAUUCUAUAUUGAAGAUAAUAAACUGUGUACUUCUUCUUCUUCCUCCAUUAUCGAUGAUUUCGAUUCCAUGUCUGAAUCCGAUUCCGAAUCUGGGUUUCAACCACAGAGAAAACCCGUACCCGGAUUACCUCGUCCGGCGAGUUUAAAUGCGUUUGAUAUCAUUUCUUUUUCAAAAGGGUUUGAUUUAUCUGGGUUAUUUGAUGAUGGUGAAGGUGGAUCCAGAUACGUAUCCGGAGCUCCGGUUUCGACUAUAAUUUCAAAACUGGAGGAAAUUGCGAAGGUGGUUAGUUUUACGGUCAGGAAGAAGGAUUGUAGAGUGAGUCUAGAAGGUUCUACGGAAGGUGUAAAAGGUCCGUUAACGCUUCAGGCAGAGAUUUUUGAGUUAACGCCGUCUUUGUGUGUUGUUGAGGUUAAAAAACAAGGUGGGGAUAAAGGAGAAUAUGAAGAAUUCUGUAAUAGGGAAUUGAAACCUGGUCUUGAAAAUCUCGCCAUUGGAGGUAGUCAGAGUUCUUCCGCCAUUAAUGGCGGUGGAGAUGUUCUUCAUUCUUCGCAUUUGCCGUCGGAUACGGAGUAGAUUUGUAUUUUGUAUUUUUUCCUUUUUUUUAUGUAAUGUAUAAUGGUUUUUUUUUUUUUUUUUUUUUUUUUUUAAUUUUUUGAAUAGUAAUCGUUCCGUCCUUUAUGAAAUUACAAUACUUUUUAGAGAAAAUUCUAUAAAACUACCUAUUCUAUA